CGCUGUAAGGUCUACCUACACCUGUUGAAUUUUGCGCACGUGACAAAUAACAUUUGAUUUGAUUCAUUACCAUACAAAGGAAACGUCAUUCGUGUCGCUGGCAGAAUACUAGUCUGACCCAGAAGACACGAACGUAUCCGGAAGAAAGGUAUCCUAGCAACGAAUAUGUUGGCGGAGUUCAUUCGGCCCAUUGUCCUUUGAUUCUAACUGCAGCGAGACAGUACGGAAAAUGUACAAUAUAGAAUUUCUUUCGAACCGCAUUGCUGCGGAUAGUUUGGAGAGGAGGCGCAAUAGAGAGACGCAACGUCAAGAUAGGAUUUUCAAUGCUAAAGUUAGAACAAUUAGGGUAAAUUACUGCAACUUUAACCGUCUGUGACAUCUGUCCAUUCAUGUUAGUUGUAAAGCCAUUUUGUCACAAUUUUCUCUUACUGACAGAUAGACAAAGUGGCUCUUGAAUCCCAACUGAAUGAAAGAAAGAAAAAAGAGGCAGAGUCACUAAAAGCAUAUGCUGCAGAAGCGGUGUGUAACGACAAGGCCGCCUGUCUACUUAAACAACGCCAACUCAAGGAAGAGCGUCUACUGCAGGGAGCCAUAGAGGACUUCUGGCUGAACUUCCAGCCGCGGUGUAGCCGGCGUGAGUAUGACUUAAACAACCCGGACAAAGUUAUGAAUCAGGACGGGAUCCAGAUGCUGCCGGGGCUUGUGGGUGAGGACCCAGACAGCCAGGGGAGGCUGAAGAAGCAGCAGGAGCAGCUCAGAGAGUGGUCCGUCCAGCAGCAAUAUGAGCUGGCCACAGCACGACACCAGCAGAGACUGGAAGAGCAGCAGUAUGACCAGGACAGAGUGGACCUGGACAUCCAAGCUCUCCAGCUCCAGAAGAUCGAGGAAGAAAGGAGGAGAUCUGCAGCCAUGGCUACAAAGGAUUUCAAUCUGGCAAAGGCAGCAGAGAAUGCCGAGAAGCAGUGGAAAAAGGGGCAGCAGGAGAAGGAGGACAACAGGAAAGACAUCCUAAAUCAGCUUCAGGGGGAGCUGUUGAGUAAGAGCCAGGAGCAGGGCAUCAGUGUGCUGGGUCUACCCCACCUCAGGGCUGACAGUUGCAAGGGCCUCACAAACAAGCAGCUGCAGCACGUCAUCGACUGCCAUCAGCAUCGGAUAGAGGAGAAGAGUGCUGAGCAGCAGAAGGAGGAGCUCCACCAUGACCGGCUCUGUGUGACCUCAGCUCGCACCGCCCUACUACUGGAGAGACGGCAGGCCCGCAUUAACAAGCAGCUCCGACGCACCCUGGAUAGCGCCAAUGCACAGCUGUCUGAGGCCCACCAUGAACAGAAAAAGUACUUGGAUAAUGUGUACACUAACAUCCCAGAUGACAGUUACUUCUCCCAGUUCAACACCAGUAGUCGAUAAAGGUUAACAGGGUCAUGCACUAUUGGAGAGAUACAUUUAUUGUCUAUGGAAAUAAUAAAUGAUUUGUAUCACAGCAAAAAAAGUAUAAUAGUAAUAAUCUGAUGUUUUCUUUCAAUUUACUCAAAACAUCUAUGAAGAUUUUUGAUUGUAUUUGAUAAGUAUUACCAAAUACAAUCAAAAAUCUUCAUAGAGAAUUGUGUGUCCAUGCUUAAGGCUGCCUACUGUUCUACAUUAAUUUGUCAUAACGUGUAUGUGCCUAAUCAGAAUGCCAAAGUGUGUACCUUGUUAAAAUACAGUGCCUUGCGAAAGUAUUCGGCCCCCUUGAACUUUGCGACCUUUUGCCACAUUU